UCCACUUAAUCUCUGGAUGUACAUUUCGGGUUGUUGUCCUGCACUUCUCAAGCCUUGUGUCUAUUGUAGAUUUUAGGCAUUUUCCCUCAGAAUUACUACACAUUUCUCUCUAAAAAAAACAAAAAAAACUGCAAAAACUGUGACCAGCUUCCUCUUGUUUCUGAGGGUUCUCCUCCCCACAGCAUGAUGCUACCACUGCUAUGAUUUGCCAUGGGGAUGGAGUGUUUACAGUAAUGUGCCUUACUAAUUCUCUCCUUCACACAGACUUCUGAACAUUGGUUAAAAAAUUUUUUAAAAAAAAAUCAGUCUCUGUCCCAUCUAACCAAAAAAAAACAAAAAACUUGGCAUUUUUCUGAACAAAAUUUCUCACCACUUUCUUUUGACUAUGACUUUCUUGGUAUUUCUAUCAACUUUAGAAAAACUACAUAUUUUUCAUCCUUCCACUUCACAAUUAUGGACCACAUUGUGUUUGUCUUUUAAUAAAACACCCAAAACAUAAAGUGAGGUUUGUGGCUGAAUCAUGACAAAAUGUGACGAAAACGUUUAGAACGGACUGAAUGCAACUUACAGAAAAGAAAACGCCUUAGACACAAAAUGUGCCUGUGCAUGUAUACGUACAGUUUCCUGGGCAAUGGCCAGGGUCAGUGCCAGUACUUAACUACCUAACCCAAACUACGACCUGGUUGCCAUAGUAAUGUCCUAGCUCCCCCGUGGGGGUUUGUUUGUCUUAAUUCCUGUUGGUGUAAGAAAUGUUUGUGAACGCUGAAGAAAAAAAAAAACAUCACUAAGAUUCUUUCUAGUUUCAUGUUGAGUUGCAGUUACAAACACAAUUCCAUAAUCAUAUAAAAUAAAAAUAUAAAACAUGCAUGAAACACAUUGUCAUUAAAAUGAUUCCAAUUGGAAUGUUUGUGUUCAGGUUACGUGUUCCUAAACAAAUAUUCUGGCCUUGUUGAAGCAGUUUGAACAGAUUUAAAAAUUUAUUGCACAUUUAGAAGGAUAUUUCUAAAUGUUCAGCCUUUUUAUGCCAAAAUAAAAAAGUGUCUCAUUCUUAAAGACCAGCGCUAUUUGUGACAUGAUGUCACUGUGAAAUAUUAACGUUCAUCUGGUAACAGUCGUCACAUAGUAGAAGAACCACAAAGAAAUAUCCAGUAGAUAUUGCACUUAACUAUUGGUCUACAGUAAAAGGUGAAAUAAUUUAACAUCAAGUGCCAACUUUGCAUUAAAAUGUCAUUAUUCACCAAAUGAUACUUCAUGACAUCAGUCAUAGACAUUCAUAAAGACUCCUUCAUGUUCAUGACAGGUGUUAUGUCAUGUGUAUGAUGGUGUAAUGUGAGUCUUAUGCACACCUCUUCAAAUAAAGUGUUAUCAAUUUUUUUUAAAUCAAGUUCCCUACAAUUUUUCGUUUGGUUUUUUGUUUAAAUUUCUGAGGCCUUUGGAUAUCAAAAUGUAAUCUUUGUUGCAUCUUAGAAACAUUUGUUUCUGACAUUAACAAAAACAGCUCCUUUAAAUCUGAACAGUAACAACAAGUCGCAUGUUCUGCUUCGCAACAUAAACUGUGCCUUCGCUCACUUUUUUUGGCUCACUUUUCACCCAAUAACUCAUACAAACGUUGAAAGAUAAGGGACUAUGAAUGCAGUUGUGUUGAAAGUCUUGUCUAAUUGUUUGCCAUCAUGUGUGCAGGUGGCCGUUAAGGUGAUAGACAAGAAGAAAGCACGCCAAGACUCCUACGUGCUGAAAAACAUGAAACGGGAACCUCGAAUCCAUCAAAUGGUCCGGCACCCUCACAUUGUGGUUCUUCUGGAGACCCUGGAGACGGAGAACAGUUACUACAUGGCCAUGGAGCUGUGUGCGGGAGGAGACCUGAUGGACAGGAUCUGCGACCGGAGGAGGCUGGGAGAGAGGGAGGUGCGGCGCUACACCCGGCAGAUCCUCUCCGCGGUGGAGCACCUGCACAAACAUGGCAUUGUGCACAGAGAUUUAAAGAUUGAAAACUUCCUCCUGGACGAGCAUAACAACAUAAAAAUUGUAGACUUUGGCCUGAGCAACACUCUGAAGCCGGACUCUUUAUCCCUGGAGCUCCUCAACACGCAGUGCGGAAGUCCUGCCUACGCCGCGCCUGAGCUGCUGGCUCACAAGAAGUACGGCUCCAAAGUGGACGUCUGGUCCAUAGGCGUGAGCAUGUUUGCCAUGCUAACGGGAACCCUGCCCUUCACCGUCGAGCCUUUCAACAUCAAGCAGUUGCACCAUAAGAUGGUCAAUAAGGACAUUAGCGACAUCCCUGGUGACAUCAGCAAAGACGCCGUGUCAUUCAUGAUGCUUCUCCUGGAGCCAGACCCAGAUAAGAGACCCAGCGUCAGAGAUGCGAUGGAAGAGCGAUGGGUCAGCGAGGGAUACGCCAAGAAACCGCUACACACACUCUCACAUAAAAACAGGUUGUGUCCGGAAGACCUUAACUCAUCUGUGCUGGCUCACAUGACGGAGGCACUGGGUUAUUCCCUCUCUGAAGUCAUCAACACGGUCACCAGCAACAGACCCUCCGCCGUCAUGGCCUCCUAUCACCUACUGCUCAACAAGUUCAACCGGAGCCACAAGGGGGCCAAGGCUAGCAAGAAGCUCGAGAACAACGACUGGACUCCUCCGAGCAAAACGACAUGGAGAAACCGAAGCAACACUGAAACGAAGACUCAGCAACAGAACUCACCAAAGACGGAGAAAAGCUUGAAGCAGUUCAACAAGUCGCCGAAGGUCCAGCAGACGAGCAGAAGUCAGAACAGGAGGAAGACCACAGAUUUGCACAGGAAGGGCCACUGUGAGGAUGACGAGAACUGUCCGCCCUCUCACGCUCUGCCCCACCUCCCAGGCUCUGCUUCGCCCUCUGACCCUCCCUCCCCCGAACCUCUGUCCGCAGAAGACGGGACGACUGAUGAGGAGGUGACCAUUUCUAUCAACACCAGGGAUGCGUUGUUUCCUGAAGUGUCGGUGUUUGGAGACAAGGAACUCGUCCAUGCUUCCCCUCCGAAGAGCUCAACAUCGCAGCUCUGUGACUCCGCUCCCUGCCAUGUCCCCUUACCGGCAGAGCCAACCGGAGACGGCGUCGCGUCCCGACCGAUCCGACACUCCCACCCGCUCAGGACAACGCAGUCGGACGGCGCGGCGGACCCAGGGUCGGACCGCUUCCGGGACAAGUACCACCAGGACAACUCUCACCGCCUUAGCGUCAACGAGAGGCUGGAGAAGCUGCAGGCGUUUUACUCCGCCGAGAAAAACGCCGUCUCUGCCGGGAUCCUCCUGGAGACCGGACCCGUACUCUCCGUGGACAGAGGGCAGCCGGGUUCCAUCCAGGCCGCACAGGCGUCCCCCUCCGCUCGCCUGCCUCGCCUGCGCAACGUCGGGCCUAAAGACGGCCGAGGGCGGAAGGUGACGUGGGCGGGCCUUAGUCGGCCUGGACCGCCUAGGCUUCUGCUGAACGGGUCGAAACCACCGGUUUUCCCUUCGCAGAGACAACACACUUUGAUCAUAAAGAGCCUCGGGCAGGAGCCGGGGAGGAGGAAAGACCUCGCCUCAGCAGGGGAAGGCGAGCCGGCGGGAGAAGGGGUUGGGGGCGACAAGAGGAACUCUGUUCAGCUGCGUUCUGAACAGCGGCGGGUGGCGGACCUGAACCUGCCGCUGCUUCCUGUGGCGCUGCAGGGGAAAGAUGUCAGGAAGAACCAGCUACACAGCAUGGACUACUGAGACUCAGUCCGGUUGGAGCGGCAGAGUCACGAAAAGUUCAAGGAAAGCUGGUGGAAGUCAAAAUAGUAGUCAAUAGGAGCACAGCCAGAGACAACUGCAAUGAACUACCAUAAAUGGCAGCUAUAGAAGUGUACAGCCUUAAAGCUAAGUUCUUGUUAUACUGUUCUUUUCAUGCCACACUCGGAGGAGCCCAUCCUAGAUAAACACCAUUCCGUUUGUUUGUCUUCAGCUGCAGUGCCAAAAAUACUUCUGCCGGAUUCAGUCUUUAAAAGACCGGGCUCGAUUUAAGUCAUGGGAAACGUCUCGAACGUUUCCAUUCCCUCUUCCCAUCAGACUGCGGUUCAGAGUUCGUUCUGACCUUUUGGUUUUCUUGCGCAGAAUCGGAAGCUAAGGAAGUAGAAGACAAAAGAAAAAUAAAGAAUGUAAAGUCACCUAAAACA